AAGGUCAAAGUGUCGCGAGGUUGUCACUCGGCCACCGCGGCAUGGUUAUUGACUCUCCUUCAAGAAAAUGAAAUUAAUUAGUCCAUACUUUAUAUAUUCACCGAUCUCCAUUUUCCGAUAAACCUCGAUUCCCGGCGGCAGCAGAGUCAAAAUCCGAGAGAUUUACAGUGAUGGAAACCAGGCUCUCCGCCGCUCUCGGCCUUCCCUCGCCGGAUGCCGUUUGUUAUCCUUCUCUUUUCGAAUUCCCCACUCUUUUCUCCAACUUCGAUUCACUUCUCGCCGGAAAUAGAGCCCCCAAAGAUCGGAGUCACUUCCACUGCCCUCCUCUUCCGUUUUCUUCAUUAUCCUUAUCCACCGAGGAGCAAGUUCUCACUCCCAAAUCCCCAAAUUGGGUCAAACCCACCUCUAAAAGUUCCCCCAAAAUCCAAUCCCUUAUGAAGAAUUUGUCUGUCCUCGAACGAGCAGUCGUCGGCGCCGCUGGCGGCGCCAUGGCCGGCGCCUUCACUUACGUGUGUCUUCUUCCACUUGACACCAUUAAAACCAGGCUCCAGACAAAAGGGGCUUCGGAGAUUUACAAGAACACAUUCGACGCAGUCGUCAAAACCUUUCAAUCCAGAGGGAUUCUCGGGUUUUACAGAGGCGUUUCGGCAGUAAUCGUCGGCUCGGCAGCUUCUUCAGCAGUUUAUUUUGGAACCUGUGAGUUUGGUAAGUCGAUUUUGUCGAAAUUUGAUUACCCUUCUCUGCUUAUACCUCCAACUGCUGGGGCUAUGGGAAAUAUCAUCUCCUCCGCUGUAAUGGUGCCGAAGGAGUUAAUUACUCAGAGAAUGCAGGUUGGGGCUAAAGGGAGGUCUUGGGAAGUUUUGAUUCGGAUUUUGGAGAAAGAUGGUAUAAUGGGUCUUUAUGCUGGUUAUUUUGCUACAUUGCUUAGGAACUUACCAGCUGGGGUUUUGAGUUACUCUUCGUUUGAGUAUUUGAAAGCUGCUGUUCUAAGCAAGACGAAGAGUGACAAACUAGAACCCUUUCAAAGUGUUUGUUGUGGAGCAUUGGCAGGUGCUAUAUCAGCUACUCUUACAACGCCUCUUGAUGUGGUGAAGACACGGUUGAUGACUCAGGUUCAUGGGGAGGCUGCAAACAAAGUUUCAGCUGCAAUGUACAGUGGUGUAUCGGCUACAAUUAAGCAAAUACUGAAGGAAGAGGGGUGGAUUGGAUUAACCCGUGGGAUGGGUCCUAGAGUUCUUCACAGUGCCUGCUUUGCAGCAAUUGGCUACUUCGCUUUCGAGACUGCAAAACUUGUCAUUUUGGAUCAUUAUCUUAGACAGAAGGAGGCUUCGGAAUUGGCUUCUGCUUCAACUUGAUUGGCAUUGUAUCUCAGGAACGAACAUUUGAAGCCCUUCAGGAGAGUUGUGACUGCUAAGAAAGCUUUGAAUUGACUUUCCGUAGGCAGUUACGUGAGGUAGGCGAUAGAUGUUUUUACAAGGUUUACUACCUACAGUGAUGACUUUUUCCUCCCAUGUAUAUGUUAAGUUAAUUUUCCUUUUUCUACGUCGGCUUAAUUCUACUUAUAUAAUUGGUCGAGAGUUUCAACUUUGAAUCUUGGCGGAUAAUAAAUAUUUUUGUGUAUUCAUUUGCUAGGAAGUUGCAUUGAUACAGAGAACAGUUUGGUUUACGGCAGAAUGUGAUUUAUGUUGAAUAAUAGUAUAUUGUUCUCUCCCAUGGAGUUCCAAGUUUAAUAAACGUUUCUAUGAUUUGACCUUUUAAAA